GCAAAGGUAGGGGGAAAACACGAAGAAGAACUUUAACCGGAAGUUAGGGAAGCGGGAGAUUGAAAUACGUAAACAAACUGAUUGACUAUUUGCGCAACUGUUCUGUUCGUAAGAAUAAUUACGAUGCUGAAUAAAGCACCAAAACUGAAAAAGACCAUCAGAGCGAAAGCAAAAGGCAACGUAAAUGUUGGGCCGGCAUCAGAAGCCAUGAUAGAACUACUGACGCUGGUCUUUUUGAAUAGCCUGGCUGAGGAGGCGAAGGUCAAAGCGUUUGAGGAAAAAUCAGCAGUUAUCAGACCCCAUCAUAUCCGAGCGGUGUAUAAGAAAGUGCUGAAAAAGGCAAGAGGAUGAAGAUGUCGAGGAUCGUGCUUCGUAACAAGACUUUUUUUUUUCGCUUUUCCUUGUGUGUUAUUUGUCUACAAUCUGUCAUCGUUUUAUUCCUUUUGAAGCGAGCACAUCUGUCUUCUGUAUCCGAACAUUUUGUAUACUUUCAUUAAAUUCCUUUGAGUAUUAUUCUGGCUCCUAUUCUCACUGACCAUUUGUCCUGAAUCUUUUUUGUGCUUGUUGGAUGACAGUACCGGAGUGUGUUGACAUCC